AUGGAAAGAGGUUAUAGUUUAGCAAAGAAACACAAAGUUUUAUAUGAAUGGAAAAUAAAUGCUAUCAAAAAAGCAAGAUUACAAAGAGAAAAAUUUCAGUUGAUUCCUCAUGAUGUUUUGACAGUAGGUGUUGAAGUUACUGUUUACGAUGAUUGUACUACAAUUACAACUAGUGUUUCAUUUAAGAAUAUAAAAAGUCAAAUGGCACAUCAGUGCGGAGAACUUUACAACUCUAAAAUAGGCAGCGACGUUGUUGUGGAGGUGGGAGAUAAAGAAUUCCCAGCUCACAAAAUUAUUCUGAUGGCACGAAGUCCUGUUUUAGCUGCGAUGUUUUCUCACGAAAUGAUUGAAAAGAAGGAUAAUAAGUUAACAAUAAUAGAUAUUAGUCCAAAAAUAUUCGAAAAAGUCUUGGAAUAUAUUUACACUGAUGAAGUGACUCAUCUUGAUGAUGACGCUCACUAUUUGUUAGAAGCCGCUGAUAAAUAUCAGCUGGAAACUUUGAAGCAAAUGUGUCAAAACUCGCUCAGCAAAUCUCUAACUGCAGAAAAUUCGUUCUAUGUGAUGACUCUGGCCGACCGCCACAAUGCCAAAGAGUUAUUGGAAUAUGUCAGUGAGUUCGUGGUUAUUAAUGCUGAAGAGAUAAUUGAGACCAAAACCUUCAAAGAGUUGGAGAAGUCAAAAUCAUCUUUGAAUUUGAUGUUGUUUAAAAAAUUCACUAUGUUGAAUUUGGCUAAAAAUGAAACUAAAAUUACUCAUUCGAGUUAA